AUGUCAGACCCCAAACCAUUGCCCUUUGUGUACCAAUUUCUAUCUGGGGCCAUUGCUGGAGUCAGUGAGAUUCUAGUGAUGUACCCUUUAGAUGUGGUGAAGACUCGUAUUCAAUUGCAAGUGGGAAGUGGAGCAAACGCUGAGUACACUGGAAUUGUUGACUGCGUCACCAAGAUCGUCAAGAAUGAAGGAUUCUCACGUCUUUAUAGAGGUAUCUCUGCUCCAAUUCUUAUGGAGGCACCUAAGAGAGCCACAAAGUUCGCAGCCAAUGACGAAUGGGGAAAGUUUUACAGAAAUGCCUUUGGCGUUCAAAGCAUGACCCAGUCGUUAGCUGUACUGACUGGUGCCACCGCUGGUGCCACUGAAUCGUUUGUUGUUGUGCCUUUUGAGCUUGUGAAAAUUAGAUUGCAAGACAAAUCGUCUAAAUAUUCCGGAAUGGGAGAUGUGGUUAAACAGAUCGUCAAGAAGGAAGGAGUAUUGUCCUUGUACAAUGGUCUCGAGGCUACUUUGUGGCGUCAUAUCUGGUGGAAUGCCGGAUACUUUGGUGUGAUUUUCCAAGUUAGAAGUCUGUUGCCUAAGACUGAGAGCAGCACCCAAAAGACUGCCAACGAUCUGUUGUCUGGUGCCAUUGGUGGUACUGUCGGUACCAUACUGAAUACUCCAUUUGACGUGGUCAAGUCUCGUAUCCAAAACACUGUCAAGGUUCCUGGUGUGGUUCCGAAGUAUAACUGGACUUUACCAUCGUUGCUGCUGGUUACCAAAGAGGAAGGUUUCUCAGCUCUUUAUAAAGGAUUCCUACCUAAAGUGUUACGUCUAGGACCAGGAGGAGGUAUCUUACUGGUGGUAUUUACCACUUGUAUGGACUUUUUCCGAACCUUACAGUAG